CCUGUACACACAGUGGGUUUGCGUUGGCCCGGAUGUGGCAGCAGGGUGAACGCCAGGAGCAACGGAGACUCUUGAAACUCAUUGGGUAACAAUUAAAAGCAGUUUCCUGCACAAUGUCGAUUGUGCUGAGACAGAUGUACCAACUAGGACCUUCACUGUACAAAUUCCGGCCGCUUUUCAUGCGCUCAGCAGUGGAGAACCGAGUGGGACCAGCAGCUGUGUUCCUGAACAGCUGCAAGCAGUGCGGUGCCCUGCUUGAAUCCCUGAGUCGACCACUUGCUACCAAGAAAGCCAAAGUGAAAACUAAAGGACAACAGGGUCCUCGAGUGAACAUCAAUGCUGCUUUGGUUGAAGACAUUAUUGACCUCAACAAAUUAAAACAAGAUAUGCUGGAAAUCGUAGACAAUCUCAAGGAUGAUUAUGGGAAGAACCUAAAUAUAAGAACUUCACCAGGUGCUUUGGAUCAUAUUGCCGUUACUACUAAUGAUGGAAAAUUUCCAUUAAACCACCUGGGACAAAUCUCCCUGAAGUCCCCUCAACUCAUCCUAGUAGAUAUGAUGAGUUUCCCUGAGGCAACGAUGGCUGCCACCAAGGCCAUAAGAGAAAGUGGAAUGAACCUGAACCCAGAAGUGGAUGGGACUGUGAUCAGGGUGCCAAUUCCUAAAGUGACCAGAGAGCACAGGGAAAAUCUGGCCAAACUAGCCAAACAGUUUACAAACAAGUCAAAGGAAUCACUCCGAAAAAUACGUACUAAUGCCGUUGUUCAAGUAAAGAAAUCAAAGGACUCUACCUCUGAAGAUACAAUCAGGCUACUAGAAAAGCAGAUUCAACAGAUGGCAGACGAUGUUGCUGCUGACAUGGACAAACAACUGAUGGCAAAAACCAAAGAGCUUUUAGGAUGAACGAGAUGGGAAAUAUAAAUGGACAAGAGCUGAAAAACAAAGCUGUUCUACCAUACCCAUUCUCAACCCUCUUUCCCCAAAUUGAUUCCUCCAGAUACUUCCAUUUCCAUAGGUUCUGACAGUCAGCUGCUUCUGAGUUCGAGAGACCAUUUUUUUGUAUGCUGUACAGAACCUUUGAAGUGCAGUCACUAUUGUAUUCUAGGGAACACAGAAGCUGGUUUUCAGCAUAGCAAGCACUCAAAAGCAAUAAUUAAAUAAAUCAGCCGCUUCUGGUGUCAGUUACAGAGUAGAUGUUGGACAGUGAAUGUAUUUCCCUGUUCUUCUUUGAAUAGUAGCAUGAAAGGUACUUUUUGUUCAUCUGAGGGCACACAGGGCCGUGCUUCAGCAUCUCAUUUGAAAUACAGCACCUCCAGUGUUGCAGCACUGUUCUCAGUACUGCUAGCUAGAUUGUGUGCUUUGGUCUCUGUACUGGGACUUGAACACAUGACCUUCCAACUCUGAGGCAGGUGUAACCUCCUGAGUCAAGGCUGACACUUGUUAACUUCGCCAUUCAAUAUGCACUAAGUUCUUAUCAUUUAACUUCCCUAUGCACUUCCUCUCCUGGCAUCAGUGACAAUGAGGUCAGUAGAGAGAACUCAGAACAUUUGUCAAACCUGGGAUAUACCAGGUCAAUUUAUCUACUUGACAACAGUGACUGUACUUCGUUAAUAAAAUAUUGCUGGUACUUAGUAUGUUCUGGAGAGAUGAAAGGAUCUGCAAGUUCUUUCCUCCUUUUGUAUGGCACUAUAUUACACAUUCAUGCGUCUCUGAAGAUCAGUUAUACGUUAAAGAGGUUCCAUACAUUUUCAUUUUACAUAAUUUCUAUUUUGACCUGUACAAAAUGAAAUUGACACAUUCUAAAUUGUAAUCCUGAUCAACUCAGUUUUGUGGAAUAACUUAAUUUCAUUGGCUGAAGUAAAAUAUAUCAUUUUAU